UCUCCUCUCGCUUCUAAUCUCAUAUCUUCUCUCCAAGCAAACAGAAAUAUUUCCAGAUUCCGACGACGAUUACAAACUGACAAUUGCUUAAACCCGACGACUUCUCGUUUCUUCUCUUCGUUUCUUUCUCUUUAAUUUUCAUUGAUUACCCUAUGAAGCAACUCAUCCGCCGUUUCACCCGUUUCGCCGACACUUCCGAGCAGUACAUACUUAUCCGUUCGGAUACCGCCUCCAUGCGCCAUCGCACCGCGGUCAGACUCCGGUCCGUAUCUUUCCGUGUCGCGGUCGCUUCUUUGAAAAAGCAUUUGCGCCGGUCGGUACUCGAGGGCCACGUGCCGGUAUACGUCGGGGAAGAGAUGGAACGGUUCGUGGUGAACGCGGAGUUGCUCAACCAUCCGGUUUUCGUUGGCUUGCUCAACAAGUCGGCCAAUGGAUAUAACCAGAAAGGGGUACUUCAUAUUCCGUGUCACGUGCUGAUUUUUGAACGUGUUAUGGAAGCGUUGAGGCUCGGGGCCGAGUCACGUGACCUCCAGGAUCUCCUCCGUUCUUUAUCCGACGACUGUUUUCUGGAUUUGUAGUAGAUUAGAACGACGUCGUUUCUUUUCGGGAGAUCUUUUUGUGUAAAUAUAGAAACUUAUAGGGAAAGUAAAGGAAAAUUAGGGGGGGUUUCCCUCGUAGU